GUUCUCGUUCACACUGCACCAUCAUCGGAUCGGAUCGGAUUAGUAUGACGAUCGAUUGGCUGACCUUGCUGGCUCUCUUCCUCAGUGCAUCAUCCAACUGGGCGCUGGAAAUACCAAAACACAAUUGCUCGCACUUCACCUACCGACAGCUGCCGAGUGGAGAGUGGAUCGGGAUUUUCCAGGCCCCCAACGCCGGGAUCCUUGAGUUCGACUGGAAGGUCUUAUUUGCUACAAGCGUAGCCAACCAAGAUAGGAUCAGGUUUCUCAAGCACUUUCCCAGCGAAGAAGAAAACCUGGCUAAUAUACAGAGAGGAGGCAGGGCCCAAGUAUUCGCUACUUUGGAGGAAUCUGAGAAUACAUUACCAUCGCUUAAAACACUCAUGCUGAAUAACGUGGUACUGUGUAGCGAAUAUUCUUCUUCCAAAGGCAUUGAUUUUGCCCUGUUGUCUUGGGUAGUCCAGCAGCCCAAGAUCCGGACGGACUUCGAAGAGUGUGGACAGGAGGGCUUCGUGGCGACCCAGCAUGGGGGUGACCUCGUCACAAGGGGCCAAUACCCUUGGCUGGCGGCCCUUCUCGAAGGCAAUUCCUCAAUUACCUACAAGUGUGUGGUCUCUGUCAUCUCCAAGCGAACUGUGAUCACAGCGGCCCACUGCAUCUACGGCAAGCCCGCCAGCCAGCUGUGGGUGUAUUUGGGACGGCACGACCGCAACCAGAUCCUGGAGGACGGGGCCGAACUGGUCGGUGUGUCCAAUGUGCUCACUCCACUCCAGUACAGCGGGAAUCCUGUCCCAGACUCGGACGUGGGCCUGCUGGUGCUGAAGUAUCCGAUAUGGUACACUAAGUACAUUCAGCCCCUCUGCCUGUGGAGCUCUGAUUUAUCCGUGCCAGCGAGAGAAGGGGAGACCGGUUCGGUGGCCGGAUGGGGAUUCGAUAGGUCUGGCCUUAAGACACGCUAUCCCAAGGCGGUAAGUGUGCGGCUGGUGGCGAGGGAUCAGUGUCUCAUUAAGAUGAAGAAGGCCCAGUACUUUAUAACCGAACGGACGGUUUGUGCUGGUAACUCCGAGUCACAGGGUCCUUGUUUUGGCGACUCUGGAGCAGCGUUGAUUGUCCUUCGAAAUAACCGCUGGGUAAUGCGUGGUAUAGUUUCCAUAUCGCCAAGUCGGGGAGAAAACUGUGACCUGAGCAAUUACGUAAUCUACUGUGACGUGUCCCAGCAUCUCGGUUGGAUCGAACAGAACAUUGUCAAGUAAUGAGUAUUGUAAUAAUAACUAAAAUGUCUAACUCAAGGGGCUAAAUAUUUUGUUAAUCGGUUUGGUUCCCAUCGAAAUUGACAUGGGUAAUCCGGAUAGGAAUAUAGAUCGAAAGAAAAAAUCCGAUAUGAUGAAUCGCGCUCAAUAUUCGAUAAUAAAUGGCAAAAACUUAUAAUUCGAAAAUUGAUUUAACAUUAAAAUAUUUAUAUUAGUUAUAUUAUUCAAUUUGUUUUCCUUUUUU